CGAGAUAGGCAGAGCAGCGAAACCAUCACCACUGCCGGACGCUUGGCGAUCUGGGAGCGCCACAUGAUGAUCCAUAACAUGAUUCCACGACGAUGCAUCCUGGAGCAUUGGGUUUGGGAUCGCAAGUUUCUGGGACGCCAUAGGGUCGCAGAUGCGGCAUUUUCUGCUCUCAAUUCGUAACUGCCGUGCUAAUAAUAUCCAACUUGCUUUUUCGAAUCUGAACAAAGGCGCCUGAGUUGAGAGCUAUCGCGACCGCUGGGACGAAUAGGACGACUCCAAGUAGAUUCGUUGGCAUGCCAUCCCUUCCCCUGAGAUACGUCUGAAUGGCAAACAGAGACGGGGAAGCGUUCUGCUUCGUCGAGUUGUUCUUUCAGCGUGGCUGUUGGCUUAUGCUUCCUGGUCGAGACGCGGUCAGCGGCCGAUCUUCAAAAAGGCUACAUCUUCUUCCCUUUCUUUUCUUCUGCCUUCCGGCUUCCUCCUUUCUCCUGGACUUGCCGUUCGCCCUUGAGACGUUAAUAAAUAGUCUCCAUCUUGUCUUCUCUUCCUCUUGUCCGCUCUAUCCUCUACAAUCAGGAACAUAAUCUAACACAAACAACCUCUCCAACAUGUCGUUCUCCGGACGCCGUUUAAGUAUCCUGCGCCCUUCGGACCACUCCAGGAAAUUCUCACUGGGCAAGGAUCUUUCAGAGAAUGAACAACAGUCUGAAACCCACCGCCAAUUCCGAGAUGCACACGCUGGCCAUCGUCCCCACGCUGGUCUCGAUGCCUCCCGUGUUUCUACAGGUGUUGUCUGGUGUUCAGAGCGCGCCGCAGAGCAUGGCUACGCCGACGAUCCGAAGUCUUGGGCCAAUCUGGGUCAGGGUGCCCCCGAGGCCGACGACGAGAUCACCGGCAGCUUCCCCCGUCCCUCUGCCAUCCCCAUAACUUCCGCUGCCAGAGAAUACGGCCCGACCGCUGGUAUCAAGCCGCUUCGUGCCGCUGUCGCCCGCCUGUACAAUGAGCAUUAUCGCAAGGGCAAAGAGAGCAAGUACACCUGGGAAAACGUCUGCAUCGUUCCCGGUGGUAGAGCCGGUUUGAUUCGAAUCGCCGCUAUCCUUGGAAACUCGUAUCUUUCUUUCCCCAUUCCCGAUUACUCUGCGUACUCGGAGAUGUUAACUCUAUUCAAGAAUAUCGCCCCCAUUCCAAUGCCCCUCUCCGAAGAUGACCACUACCAUGUUCAUCCGGAUAAGAUCGCAGAGGAAAUCGCCCGUGGUUCUUCUGUCAUCCUCACUUCAAACCCUCGUAAUCCAACUGGCCACUUCGUCUCCAAUUCCGAGCUCGCUCUGAUCCAGGAUAUCUGCAGAGAUCGUGCAACCCUGAUCUUGGAUGAGUUCUACGGUGGCUACAACUACAGCACUGGCUGUGAUGGCACGACCAUCAGUGGUGCUGCUAACGUAAUUGACGUAAACAAAGAUGAUGUACUAUUGAUCGACGGUCUUACUAAGCGCUUCCGUCUCCCCGGCUGGCGUAUUGCCUGGGUUGUCGGCCCGAAGGAGUUCGUCGAAGCUCUAGGCUCUGCCGGUUCAUAUCUGGAUGGUGGUGCCAAUGUCCCCUUCCAGGAAGCGGCCAUUCCCAUGCUUGAGCCAACCCUUGUACGCGCGGAGAUGAAGGCGCUGCAGCAUCACUUCCGUGAGAAGAGAGACUAUGUCUUGAAGCGCCUUUAUGACAUAGGAUUCCGCGUCCACGACAUUCCUCAGGCCACCUUCUAUAUCUGGCUCGACUUGACAUCCAUCACUCCACCUCUUCCUGCCGAAGCCAACAUCUCUGAUGGGCUGAACUUCUUUAACGCUCUGCUGCACGAGAAGGUCAUUGUCGUCCCCGGUAUCUUCUUUGACUUGAACCCGGCCCACCGGAGAGACCUCUUCGAUAGUCCUUGCCAUCAUUUCGUUCGUCUCAGCUACGGUCCUAAGAUGGAAGUUCUGAAGAAGGGUAUGGACGGAAUUGAGCGUGUAGUUCGCCGUGCUCGGGGAGAGCCCGUGGAUGAUCUGGGCGAGCCAGCAGAUGAGGUUGCUGUUCAGGACUAGAUGUUCCUUCUUCGCCCUUUUUUUUCUUGUCUAUCCACCUACAACAUUUCCUUUUUUGGUGUUUCUCUUUCAACGUGGGUUUGCGUAACUGACUACGCGUUAUGAAUGCGCGGAUUUUUUCUUUUCAGUUCAGAUAAACGUGGUAGACUGGGUCACGAGGGUAUUGUAGAGGUUUAGCUAUUUAGUUUAUUCCAUUUGAGUCUCAACUAUUA